AUGCUCGCAUUCUUUCACGGUGUUGCUUUGAAGACGAGCUGUCGUCCCUCUUUAGUGUUUGUCGGCCAUGGCUUCUCGCGUUUCUCAUACAAGUUGAAGCUGUCGACAGGGUGCUUGCGUAUUCAAGAGAAGUUGCAGGCACUGCCGGAACUCGAAGCACCUAGUGGUCAGGAGCUGGAAGAUUUCAGUGCCAUUGGUGGCGAGACCUUGGAGGAGCUGAGAAAAUUACUCGAAGUUUCUGAUAGUGUUAACAUGGAUGCGAAGAAUCUUCAUCUGAAUAUAUGUUCCGGUAGAGACGAGCAAUCCAAGAUGAAGAAAGACUUAGAACAUAGCUGCGAUCAGAAAGCGAAGGAAAUAGCCACAGGGGAAUCAGUGGACGCUGUUCUUACAUUCGCUUUGGCUGGCUGCGGUGUCCUUACGUUAUUUCCAUUGAUUUUGUAUGGUGCAACAGCUACUGCUGUGGGAGCUACUGCUACAGGUUGCGUUGGAGGUGUUGCAAGCUUUGGAUUCAAACGUGUACAGAAGCACGAAAUAAGCCAGGCUGAAGCGGAGUUAAACGAGAAAAGAAAAGAUGCUGCGAAAGCAGAGGAGUCAGUGGUUGCCUACACACAGCUGGACUUCUUUGCAGACCCGUUUUCCAAAGGACUUGCGGAGCUUGAAGGGCGCCUUCGAGUACUGGAGGGUAUACUGGACGAGCUGCUGAAAAGUGUGAACACAAAGUUUCGCAUAGCUAAAACGCUUCGAAAGAAGCUGGAUGAGGAGCUUGCGUAUCUUCCGCUUAGGUCAUAA